AUGGAUCCUAAGCCCGACGCCAGCUCGCCCGCCGCGGCGGCCGAGGAGCACGCGGCGUAUCCGCGGCUGUCCCCGGAGGACAUCGAACCGCCGCCGCCGCCUGUCGUGCCGCCGGCCGGCGCCAACCCCUACGUGCUCUCCGCCCCGUCGUCCAAUCCGCCCGCCAAGGGCGCUAGGGAGAACCUGAGGGAGAUGUUCGGCAUGGUGGGGAAGAAGUUCAACGAGGCCGCGCGCAAGACCGAGGGCAUCGCCGGCGACGUCUGGCAGCACCUGAAAACUGGACCCAGCAUUACUGAUACUGCCAUGGGGAGGAUUGCUCAGAUAUCAAAGGUUAUAUCUGAGGGUGGCUACGACAAGAUAUUUCAGCAGACUUUUGAGUGCUCGCCUGAUGAGAAGCUCAAGAAGGCAUACGUGUGCUACCUAUCAACGUCGCAUGGACCGAUCAUGGGCAUCCUGUAUCUCUCGACUGUGAAGAUUGCAUUCGGUAGCGACAGCCCUGUGAAAUAUGUGACUGAGGACAACAAAACUGAGUCAUCCUUUUAUAAGGUGGUUUUACCACUUCCUCACCUGAGAUCAGUUACUCCCACAGCAAGUCAGCAAAACCCUGCAGAGAGGUACAUUCAGGUCGUUUCAGUCGAUAGCCACGAGUUCUGGUUCAUGGGUUUCGUGAACUAUGAUAGUGCGGUAAAGAAUCUUCAGGAGGCUGUUCGAGGUGUUCACGGGGCCUAG